AUGCGAAAGAUCGUUCUGCUCGCAGCUGGCGCAGCUGCUCUCGUGGGUGAUGCAGGAGCGUUCUCUUUCUCUUCAGGCACCUGCUCCCUGAGAAUGUCAGCUGAAAGCGUCGAUGAUGUGCUUGCCCGCGUUUCCUCCAUGGAGGCGAAGGUCGAGAGUGUGCUCUCCAAGUCUGGUGCAAAAACUGCUAGCCCUCCUGCUCCGGCUCCCGCCAAGCCUACUGAGCAGGAAGAGCCCAAGAAGGAGGAGCCGAAGAAGGUCGAGGCAAAGAAGGAGGAGCCGAAGAAGGUCGAGGCAAAGAAGGAAGAGCCGAAGAAGGAGGAGCCGAAGAAGGAGGAGCCGAAGAAGGAGGAGCCGAAGGUCGAAGCAAAGAAGGAAGAGCCGAAGAAGGAGGAGCCGAAGAAGGUCGAGGCAAAGAAGGAGGAGCCGAAGAAGGAGGAGCCGAAGAAGGAGGAGGCCAAGAAGGAGAAGGCUAGCGUGGAGGUGAAAGCGGAGAGCAAGCAAGAUGCCGAAGCUUUGGCUGCGAAGGCGAAGGAGGACUCCGCAAAGGAGCUGCAGAAGACGAUCCAGAAGAUGGAGGAGGACAGGAAGAUGGCUGAGGAGAAGGCGAAGGCUUCAAUGCCCGCGGCCUUGAAGGAGCAGGCUGCUCUCAACGACAUCUCGAGCUCUGCUUACGACAAGCUGAAGAAGAUCUCUUCAGCAGCCCUCGAUCGCCUCGGGUCAGGCCGGCCUGCUGCGUCCCUGGGAGGAAGUGAUUUGGGGAAGUACAGGGAGGAGCGUCUCAACGCCUUGCGUCAAUCUUUGUCGCAGAUGGGUCUCAAGUGAUUUCUACUUGUCACGCUCACGAUCGCAGCUUGUCGGCGAUUGACAAUGGCUUCAGUUUUGACUUGUGAUGGCAAUAAAUCAAUACCAACACUGAA